AAACAAUUGCCAAAAAGGGGGGAGGGGGAAUACUGAUUAAGGGGGAGGUGGUCGUGGAGAAUGAGUGAGUAAAAUGCACGUAGCAUGUGUUGGGCUUCGGACUUUCUUUUUUCAAUCUGCAAGUGCUCGACUCUAAAGCCUGCCCACACAUUGCUGGCUCCUUGCCUAAUAAGCCCCGUCAGCUGAUACCGUAAAGUCACAGAUAAUAAACCACAAGAAAAUCGGUCUGGCCAUAGGGCCAGUAGAGUCCAGGAGUCCGUCGUAAGGUGUCUGCGCCGUUUGGAAUACAAAUGGUCUUUAACCUAUAACACAAGAACACAGAUCAAAUAUACCAAGCCAAGUAAUGGAGACCAGUAGCCUUGAAGAAAUGGUUACCUUCCUGGAGCUCACCACCUCUACAUGGUCAUUAAAUGGCAGUCUUGAGCAAAAUAAGAGCUGUCGCUUCAAUGAAGAAUUUAAAUAUAUUCUCUUGCCAGUCUCUUAUGGAGUUGUGUGUGUGUUGGGACUUUUGUUGAAUUUUGUGGCAUUGUGGAUGUUCCUCUUCAAGAUGCGACCUUGGAAUGCCAGCACAGUGUAUAUGUUUCACUUGGCUGUUUCUGAUACACUUUAUGUCCUGUCACUACCUACUCUUAUUUAUUAUUAUGCCAAGAGGAAUCACUGGCCAUUUGGAGAAGCAUUAUGCAAGAUUGUGCGCUUCUUAUUCUAUGCUAAUCUGUAUUCCAGCAUCCUUUUCCUUACUUGUAUUAGUGUACAUCGCUAUCUAGGAAUCUGCCAUCCAAUCAGCUCUCGAAAAUGGGUCAAGGUGCGUUACGCUCAUGUGGUCUGCUUCCUCGUCUGGACUGUGGUGGUGAUUUGCCUUAUUCCCAAUUUAGUCUUUGUCACAAUAAGUUCUCGGGACAAUGACACACUAUGCCAUGAUACUACAAAACCAGAGGAUUUUGACCAAUAUGUUUACUAUAGCUCAGCUGUCAUGACUCUUCUCUUUGGAGUUCCAUUUCUGGUUAUUAUGGUUUGUUAUUGCCUAAUGGCACAUGCAUUGUGUCGGCCCCAGAAAAUUGCAUCAUCAAGCACAAUGCGCAAUGGGAGAUUUGGAAACUCUAGAAGAAAAUCAGUCAGGUUGAUUAUAGUUGUGUUGGUGGUGUUUGCUUUAUGCUUUGUGCCUUUUCACAUUACUCGGACCCUCUAUUACACAUUUCGCUUUAUAGAUGCAGAAUGUGAAGUGCUCAAUGUGAUUAACUUCACUUAUAAGAUUACUCGACCCCUUGCAAGUGUAAACAGCUGCAUUGAUCCCAUAUUGUAUUUCAUGGCUGGAGAUCAUUACCGCAAAAAGCUGAUACGGGCCCUAAACAGAGUUCCGAAGAACAAACAUUCCUCCACAUUAACUCUAGUGCCAAAAAAGCUUGAGAACCAUGGACUAUCAACAAUCUAUAAUAACCACAUCAUUAAUUAAGAAUUAAGAAUUAAUUAAGAAGAAGCAUACAUGAGCAGUGAACAAUCCUGUCUUGUGUGGAAAUGGCACAGAGCUGUUUCAUAAGGUAAUGCCUACACGUUGGAGGAAGCAGGAGCGGUAUUGUGCUCCAUUCUGUAUUGCAGCUCUGAGUGUAGCUCACCACAACUGAUCGGUCUUCUCUUAAGCAGUGGAGAGGUGUGAUGGAGCAAGGAAUGCCUUUUAAAAAAGAUGAUAUGGGCCUAAAUGGUUUGAAAGUAAUAUUUCUCACUAAAGUAACUGGUGCUUAGGAAAAACAACCAUUUAAAGGAGGAAAGGAAGCUCAAGUACAGAUUUGUAAAUAUUAUUUUUAGAAUUUUAUAGCAGUGGCUAGAACGAAUUGUUUUUAUUAGUAUUGAAGCCGACCAGAGUGCUCCCAGGUAAACUGUUCUAUUGAGUUGGGUUUUUGGGGGCCUGGGAUUUUUAUUUAUUUAUUUUUUUAUUUCAAUGGGUCUCUGCUGCCAAGUAUAUUUUAAUGAUUGUCAAGCCCUGGAUACUACUUGAA